AUGUUAGGCGGCGCCCUAAUAUCCCACCUCCUCUCCCUCCUCCCCGCCUCCAACCCUACCACAUCCUCGCCUAACCCGCACCCCAACCUCCCCUCCGCCCUCAAGCUCGUCCAAGCCGGCAUCUCCGUCGUACACGCCGACCUCGAAGACGCCGCCUCGCUAGAAACAGCAUUAAAAGACGUCCACGCCGUCUUCCUAGUCACAGAUUUCUGGUCCUGCGCUUCCCCCGGCGCGCUGCGCGAGAUCAGCCAGGCGAAGCGCGUGCUUGACAUCCUGUCUCGCUCAUCGUCCUUAGAGCAUCUAAUCUAUUCGAGUCUGCCUAGUAUACGCUCGGCCAGCAAAGGAAAAUACUCCGCUGUAGUGCACUUCGACGGCAAAGCCGACGUCGUAUCCUGGCUGCAGUCUACGCAUGAUGACCUGUGGGGCAAGACGACGGUGCUAUGGGUAGGCACGUACAUGCAGCUUUGGCAGCAAUUUCGGGAUGUUUUCGCUCCCCAGAAGAUGGUUGAAGAAGGGAGGGAGGUCUGGAUUCAGAGCAGUGUUUUUUACGCAGGGACGAAGUUGCCGUUGGUGGAUGUUAGGGAUGUGGGGAAAGCUGCGUUUACUAUUUUGAAAGAGGGGAGGGGUUGA